GGCUGAAAUAAGUGGAUUGGAACUUUAUGGAACUUGGAAAUAAAUUUCCUAAUUUUUCGUUUACGUGAGGCACCGGUAUAAGUAAUGUAGCAUCGUAGGAUACAAUUACCAACUGUUGUCCACAUCAGCUGUUGCACAACUGGUAUGAGUGGAAACAUGUAGCAGCAUGACUGGUCCAAGCAUCGCUACGGUGUAAAGUAUUGGAGAACAGGUUCACUUCCUUCUCACAAGACAAUAAUGGAUACUGAAAGAAUAACACUAGAGAUGGUUGAAGUGUUGAGUGAAUCACUCCUUGACAACAUCAGGACAAAAUCUACGUCUGAUGUUGCUCGCUUUCUCAAAACCUUCCCAGAAGAGGUCAGAAAUCAUCUCUUUCCAUUUACUGAAGGAAACAAGAACCUUGUCAGUGGCCAGGAACCAAGUGCAUUAUGGCAACGGUUUCCCCAUCCUUUUCUUCAUGUUGCCUGUGAAUAUGGAACAGUGGAUGUCGUGGGUGUGUUGCUGUUUUUUGGUGUGGAUGCGAGUCUUCGCACAGAGAAGGAAGGAACAGCUCUGGAGGUAGCAAGCAGACUCGGCAAACUGGACAUAAUCAAGAAACUAAUUGAAUGGGAACCAAAACUGAUCCAAGAAGAAGACACUGUGAAGAUUCUACUUGCCACAGCUUGCUCUGCUGGACACCAAGACGUUGCCAAGUUCUGGCUGGAUAAGUUGAGUGAACUCAAGAAUGGUCAAGCAUUGUGUAAAGAGGACUUCAAAGCGGAGAACGACCCUUUCAUUGCUGCAUGCAGAGGUGAGCACUAUCAGCUUGCUGCAAAUCUUCUGGAGAAGAAGGUAACCGUUGUCAGUCGGGACACGGCUGUUAGAACAGGCCAGAAAUUUAAUCACAUAUUGCAGAAGUGGUGCCAAGAAGAAACAGACGAAACACAAAGCCAAAAGAAGUGUAAUGCCAGAUGGAGUGACCGUCAGUUACAUCAUUUCGACGGAGCCUGGCUCACAACAAACCAAGAUCUUUGGCAUACUUUAGUCAAAAUCAACCUAUCCCACAAUGCACUGAAGACGAUUCCUGCAGUGUUGCUAUGGGGACUGCCAUGUCUAGAAUCCCUGGACAUAUCUCACAAUGAACUUGGCAAGCUUCCAGGUGCCGAGACUUUAGACAUGUUAACAGAAACAAGGUUGACACAUCUAAAGGUUUCCCACAACAAACUGGUUCACCCUGUCCUGGAAAUGUUCAUGCUGCCUCUACUCGAGAACUUGGAUCUUUCACACAAUGAUAUCACAAGUCUCAAUUACAAACGUUUCCCAUCAAAGCUGGUCGCACCAGAUGGGGGCGAAGUUGUCUGGGAUUGGAGCAACAUGAUGUCCUUGAAUCUGUCACAUAACCAGAUUGUUCACAUUCCUCGAGAUAUCAGCACUGCCAAGAGUUUGAAGAAACUCAACGUUUCAAGUAACAAACUGGCCAAAUUUCCUGCACCCUGGGACUGUCCUUUGACGAAUUUGAACGCCUCACAAAACAACAUCAUGGAUGUCCCUGAUAUGCAUGGCUAUUGGAGUCGCUCUCUCACCAAUUUAGACCUGAGUUCUAACCGCUUGACUGAGAUCCCGUGGACUGUCUGUCAGCUGACUGUUCUGAAAAUCCUGAAUCUUGCCAACAAUCAGAUUACUAAGCUUCCUUCUCCUGAAUCCUGGAGUGUAUACAGCCUCAAAGAACUAUCUCUGGCUGAUAAUCGUCUAAUAUAUGUUGAGAAGCCAGCUCCAUCCUCACCGUUUAGUGCUAAGAGGAAGAGUUCCAGCCUUUCCCAGAAGAUCAUCUUCAAGAGGGACAGUAGUGUUGCCAUGGAAACUCCACCACCAUCCACUUUCUACUCGUCAGGCAAUGAGGAUGCAACCUCUGUUGUUUUUCCAGAGAUUUUCAGGGAUUGUCUUAUGACCCUUAGCCUCAAGAAUAACCAGUUACAGCAUGUUCCUCCAAGUCUCUGCAGUCUGGCCUGUCUACAGAAACUCGAUCUGAGUGGUAAUACAGGAAUUGAAAAGCUUCCAGAUACUUUGGCUCAGUUGAAGGAUCUCUACUCCCUCAACUUAGAUGGACUGAAGAUUAAGGAGCCGGAGACUGUUGUAGCUGCCAUGCAAGAGAAAGAGCACUGUACAAGGAACAUCUUGGAAAAACUCAACGAGAGAUUGUUAAAGUGCAGCCCUUAUCGCAGUGUGAAACUCAUGCUUGUGGGACCAGAGAAAUGUGGCAAGACCUCAGUGCUAUCGUGUUUAACCAAGCGAGAACCUGACGAUGACUUAGGUAUCAACAUUUGUUCCUGGACCCUGCAGAAUCCUAUCCAAGUUGACACCAGGCCCUCAUUUAAAAAGAAGCUACUUCAACUCAAGUCAGAGCAGAGUGUUUCCGGUCAUGGUGAUGUUCAUUUUUCAACCUGGGAUCUAAAGGGAGGAGAGUUGAACAGCAUGAUCCAUCAAAGUUUCCUCACUCCAAGGGCGCUCUAUCUACUUGUAUGGGAUCUCCGAGAUGGAUCCAAAGGAGUUGAAAAACUGAGACCGUGGCUUCUUAAUAUUCAGUCAAGGGCAUCAGAAAGUGCCAUCAUCAUUGUUUCUACGCAUCGUGACAAGGUUAAGAAGAGUCAGAGCCCGGAGGCAAUUAGACAAGAAAUCAGAACAAAGUACAGUCACCAAGAUGGGUUCCCAGACAUUGCUGAGAUCGUGGAGGUCACCGCAUUGAGCCCUGAUGGGGAGGGAAUCAAGGAACUACGACACGUCAUUUACCAGAAAGCCCUGGGAAUGAGGAUCAAGAAGACAUUUAGCUCCGGUGCAACAGCCACGAUUCCACUGAUAGGACGAAUGGUUCCUCGUACAUUCACCAUUCUUCAAGAGAUCAUCGCCAAUGAGGCUGAUCGUCGUAGACGGAGCAUACCCCCUCUCCCCCCAGUCAUGAAAGAUGCUGAGCUGACUAGUCACAUCAGGAAGAUACCUGACAGUAGAAUAGUAACAACACAGGACAUUGAGGAUGCUGCUGAGUUCCUGAGCACCUGUGGCAGUCUGGUUCACUUCAGUGAUCAUCUGCAAGGCUUAACUAGCUUGUAUUUCCUAGAUCCUGUCUGGCUAUACAAUAUUCUAAUCAGUGUUGCCAACAUCAACCCAUCCUUUGUCCGUGAAGGACGUGUACACAGGUCUAGCUUGGAAGAGCUGUUUCAGGAGAGUGGUUUUGGAGAGGGGCGGUUUGAAGAAUAUCUUCAACUUUUGCAAAGAUUCGAGAUUGUGCUUCCAAUCAGUAGAAUAGAAUACCUGAUUCCAAGCCGACUUCCCAAGGAGAAGCCAGGACAGGAUCUAUCCCCCUUACAAGGUCAAGAUGAUUCAUUCCAGGUUUUGGAACGUCUGUACAAAAUACCUUACACCCCCCCAGGAUUCUGGAGUCGAUUGGUGUCCAGAGUUUAUGUUGGCCUCAAGAUUCUGGAUCAGGAGAGAAAUAAAGAAGCAAAUGGAGUGUCUAGACAAGGGAUGAAGCGAGGUGUUAAGCUCCAGAGAUCAAGCAGAAUGCAAAGAAGUAUGCGAGUAGGACUGAAGCUGGCUCAAACUAACAUUAUGUACUGGCAAGAGGGUGUGUCAGUGCAACAUCACUCUGGUCGAGUUAUGUUGAAACCCAUCACUUUCCAAGAUACCAAGCCAGGAAUCUAUGUGAUGAUUAGUUGUCAAGAUGGUGAAUUCAAGGCUAUGGGCUUCAUGGUGGAUCAGAUUGAGCAUCUAAUGAAGGAAUGGUACCCUGGCUUGCUUGGAGUUGAUGAAUUUUCUGGAAAGCCUUUAGUUGAGAGACUCAUCCCAUGCCCAGUUUGUCGAAGUAAGACCUUAGAGACACACUACUCCUACAAUCAGACACCAGCUACUGACAGCCAAGGAGAUUGUCAUCACUUCUCUGUCAGCAAUCUUGCUUUGACAGCCACCAUGAAGGGUACAGAGGAAGUGGAAUGUCCUAGACACUCUGAGGAGGUCUUGGCUCUUCCUAAACUUAUCCCUGAUCUCUUUCUAAUGGAUUUGCCAAUCCGCAUCCUUGACAAAAAAAUGUUUGAUUUUGACCCCAAGGUCAGCCGAUCUCUUGGCAGUGGUGGUUUUGGAGAGGUUUUCAAGGCACAGUUCCGGCAUAAGGAUGUUGCUGUCAAGAUGUUGAUCACAUCAACAUUUUUCACUCACAGGACGGACUCUGGGAUGCAUUCAUCAACAGGAGAUGAGGACAGUAAAAAGUCUAGCAAUGGCAGUGAUCUCUCCGAUAGUAGCAAGAAGUCCCUGUCACCAAGACUGUAUGAUGAAAAGAAUAUCGAUGUCAAUGCAAUAUUUGUCAUGGAGGGGUUCUCUAAUCUGCGCAGUGAAGUAGCCACUAUGUCAAAGCUGCAGCAUCCUUGUAUCAUUCGUCUCAUUGGGAUAUCUAUUCAGCAUCUGUGCUUUGCCAUGGAGCUAGCUCCCCUGGGUGACCUUGCAAGCCAUCUCAAACGAGAAAUUGAAAACCAAAGGGAGAGUUUUGCAGUAAAUGGGAAAGUUUAUCGAACCAUACUGGAUCGAGUUCUAACCUUCAAGAUCGCCUUGCAGAUAGCUCACGGGGUUUCUUACCUUCACAGCAAGAGAAUUAUCUACUCUGAUCUGAAGACAGACAAUGUAUUGCUGUAUUCCAUAGCUCUGGAUGCACCAGUCAACAUCAAGUUAACAGAUUAUGGAAUAGCUCGUCCUAUGGACUUGGAAGGAGCAAGGGGUCAAGCUGGUCCCAUGGGCUUCUGUGCUCCAGAGAUACUGAGAGGAAGAACAUUUACAGAAAAAGUUGAUUGGUUCUCCUACAGUAUGCUCCUGUAUCACUUGAUGUCUGGUGCUUGGCCUUAUGAUAACCUCAAGUCUGCCAUUGAGGUUCGCAAUGCCAUCAAUACUGGCAUCAAGCCUAGCUUUCACUUCCGAGACUACACAAUCAUCACCUUGUUCCCCAACCUGGAGCGAUUAAUGUUGAAGUGUUGGACAGACAACCCAUUACAGAGGCCCAGUGGGCAUGAAAUUGCCAUGGCAAUGGAAAAUGCAAGUUUCACAUGCCUGAAAAAUGUCAUUCAGUUUGAUGUGGAUGAGAUAACAUGUGUACAUCCUGGCUCUGGGGAGAUGUUUGAGCAGUCAGAUCGUCUGUGGUUGUGGACUGGAGAGAAUGAGAAUCGUCAGUGCACAAAGAUCCACAUCAAGUUUUUUAAGCAUGGAGAGCUUUACCCAAAAUCAUUCAAAGGCUCUCGAGUGAACUGUAUGGUGCAGGUUGGACACUUCGAACUUAUAGGCACAGAGGACCGUGUCAUUCAGCUGUAUGGACCACCUGCAGUUGGCCCUCAACAAAAUGUCCAUCAACAGGAUUUCCAUGUGGAUUCUGCAGUUCUUUGCCUCUGCUAUCAGCCAAUCAAAGACAAGGACAUUCAAGGGCAUCUGUUUGCUGGUCUGGCCGAUGGUCAUGUGGUUAUUUUUAGCCAUGCUAUAGCAGCAACUGAUAGCAGUGGGACACAACACAGCCCUGCUUGGUUCAAGUCAAAGACAAUAACCUUUGAGAAUAAGUGCUGUAAUCAGUUGGAGCUAGUCCCUGAGCGAGAGGAGUUGUGGAUAGCAUGUGGAAACAAAUUGCGUAUUCUUGAUACUAAGAUCAUGUUGCUGGACAAGAUGGCCAUCCCUGUGACUCAGAGAGUAGAAGGUACCAUCAUGGGUUUAGCACAUUAUCAUGACAACCUCUUCUGCACCAUUGACCGUUCCUCCCGGGUACUUCAGUACAGCAUGGCCAAAAGGCAGCUGGUUCAGAUCCUACAAUGUGGCAACAUCAUGCUGGCCAAAGGAGAUUGUCUAAUAUCUACAUCACCCGAUGACACUCAAGUUGAAGAUGGGGAAUUCAAGGAGGAACAAGAUGUAGUGACCGAGGUUCAAGAUGUAAGCGAUGCAGAAGCAGAGACUGGGACCAAGUCUACUCCACUAUCAGAUGAUAGAGAUGAUAUCUCCUUCAGGGACUCGUACUUUAGUAGCUCACCAUCCCAGUCAUCAGCUACUUUACCAUCACCUCCUAAACGUGGUCAAACAUUAUCAUGGCGAACACAGCCCAAGCCCAUGGAUAACACAGACAUCCAGCGACCAUUCAGUGAAGGUGCUCUGCGUCUGCAGUCAAGCAUGCCUAUUUCUCUGAUACGAUCAAUACUGACUGUUAAAGAUACCCUGUGGAUUGGCACAGCUUCUGGCAAAACUCUCAUUGUGAGCCUUGGCUCAGAAAGCCAACACAAGUAUAGCUUUGGAGAAGUACUUGCUAUUCUUGAACUCUUCCCAGAAUUUGAAGAUAAAGUUGGGCCUGUAAGACAACUCCUGAGGGCUAGGGACGAGUAUGUCGUGGCUUGGAUGGAGCUGAAAGCUUCAUCAGCUCCAUCGUUACCAGUCACUGACAACAAGACAGAUCUUCAUCAUUACCAGAUGCUGGUAUGGCAAGCAUGGGGUUCAGAAGAAGUGGAGAAAUUUGAACAUAUUCAUCACAUGUUGAACAAAGCUGAAGUUGCUCCAGAAAUUGAAUAAGGUUUGUUUCUUCAAAGCCUUGAUAUAAGUGAUUGUUGAUGAAAUGCUGCAGAGAAUAACAUGACCAUCUCACUGAUUUUCUGUAAGUAUUGGUUUAUGAAGUCCUAAGUUAAUACAUUAAAGGUCAGAGAUUUAACAAGGUUGAAGGUUUAAAAAACAGAUGGUUAUGUCAUGGACACUGCUAUUUCCCUGGUCUAAAGUAGUCACUUUUUACGUUUGAUAUUAUUUCAGUCACUGAAAUGUUGCUGUCUGUGUCAUUUGUGUCACAGAGGUACAUUGUGCCGUGCUGCAUGUGAUCAGCAUGGCACAUCAGAUGUGUCAAUUAAACCAUUCUUCUCAAGCUUUUCUGUUACCUUUUAGAUAUGACAUUGAAAGCUUUCAGUUUAUCUGAUUUAUAAAUUACCAAUCUUUCAAGAAGAUAGUGCAUUUAUCUUUUUGAUUUGUAAGCAAAGCAAUACCAACAUACUUUUUGUAUAGUAUUAUUUGUCAUGUGAAUCUCUGGUCAGUAUAGAAUCAGCAUGAUGUUCCACAUGACAGCAAUGAGUGAUUGCAUAAAUGUACAAACUACCAGAUCAUCUAUUGUGAUGCUGAAAUGUCUCAACAGAACAAAAGCAAAUUUCAAAUUUUGAUCGGCAGUAUGAGGAAAAAUGUACGAUGUCAUUGUGUAGAUGGUCUACUACGCAACUUGUGAGAAUUUAGUGAAAUAUUGAUGAAUACUUAAGAAGAUUUUGGUUCUGUAUUUGCAUAAAUUUGUUGGAUCGACGAAAAUCUCAAAUCUGCUUUUCAUAAGAUGGUGCCUUAAAUUAACAAAACAUAUUUUUACAUGUACAUAGCAUUGAUUCCUUACCUGUUUUUAAUUUUGAGAUCAUAUAAUUUCUCUACAAGUAUUAAGGUUGAUCUAUUGAAGAAAAUAACUUUAAGAUUAAAUGUCCACAUCUUUAUAUGUUACCUGCUCUGCAAAAAUUGAGUCUCAAGUCUCUAGAGCCACGUUUGAAUUUUACUUUGUUUUAGAUUGAGGAAUUUAAGCUUUUUGUCUUUGUGUAUCACUCAGUUUAAAAUGAUGAAAAUGGAAGUUGUGUAGAUUUUAAAUGUUGAGGAUUCCUAUUGUAUAAACACUGUACAAGAUUCUUGUAAAGGCCUUAAACUCUAAAGAGGCUCCUGUGAUAUGACUAAUAUUCGUAGAAUGGGUCACAUUUGUACAUUUGAAACUUUCAAUGUGAUGAUUUUUUAGAUUUCAAUCUAAAUUAUUUUGUAACGUUGACUUUUUUACUGGUGUUCUUACCAUGAUCACUAAUACCAUUCAAAAUGCCUGUAAAUUUGAUGAUGCAGUUGGAAUUUUAUGUUUUUACAUUUGUAUCUGCUAUUCAAAACCUUACCUUAUACGCUUCGUGGCAGCUGUCUGUUGUAAGUCUCCAAAAAUUGUGUUUUCAGUUUAUUUCUUCUAACAUCAAUAAUGUUGAGUUGUUGAGAUUUAACAUAUUUUUAUGUCACUUUGCUGGUAUAGUUAUUAACCAAUAAUGAAUGUUAAAUUUCAUCAGCUAAAAGACCAGACGUACAGCCUAAAACAUAUCAUUACUUAACUUGGGAGAAAUAGGAAAAUUCUAAUUUUAUCAAAAGAAAAGCUCCAAAUUCUGAUGUUAUCAGCUGAUCUUUAGUAUGUGACAAAAUAAAAUAUUCGAUGUGCAAUGUUCCCUUAUACCUAUUUUUAUCAAUUUUAUCGCUUUGUUUCAUAAUUUACGUAUUCCCAUCUAAAAAUUGGAUAUUAUAGCCAAAUUAUUUGGAAAAACAUAAGUUGUGCAGAGUUUUUGCAAUGAAGAUAGUAAUAUGUAGCAGCGCGUACUGAGUAAUGUUUUAAAGAAAUUCUGGUUUUAUUUACAUCCUGAAAAUGGUAAAAAUAAAAGAAGAGCAUUUAUCUGUGAA